CAUCUUGAAUUUCUGUGGCUCUGUUCAAAAAAGGUGCUGAGCAUCAUUUCAUACAGAGGACAGUUUGUAGCCACUGGCCUUCAUGAAGCGUUCUGUGACCUCUUGCUGGUGUAAGGGUGUCUCUUCUAAAUUCAUCUCUUUCCAUAGAUACACCCAGGUGAGACUAUUGACAUUUAGGUGCCUCUCUGCCUGUGCAGCUCUUGUUCCAUAGUCUGAUCAGUUUUUGCGGCUGGCAAUAUUGCUUAACUCUUAGUCUGAACUGAUGCCGAAAUCUGGCACCAUCUCAAACAAUGACUGCUGAGAAACUCCUCAAAUUAGAGCACAGUGGGAAGGAGUGAGAAGCUAGAAUGGCCUGCUGCUGCUGUACAAGGAACAGAAAUGGAAAUCCUUGCGGGCAAGAGACAUUUGGGAUUUGUGUGAAGGGGCCUUUCUAGAUCACAUUUAUACUCCCAAGGGAUGAUACCACUUUCACAAAACUGAAAAAUAAUCAUAUUGAGAAGUCACAGUAGGCCACAACAAUAACCUCAUACCAUUGUGAUUACAACACUACAAUAUCAUUCCCCUUCUCCUGAAAUACACCUUCAAGGAUUGAAACAUAGCCACUUGGAGCUGGAGGUUACUGCUUAGAGGGACAGGUAGAAUUGAAAAGCUGUAUUAUCUGCCUAUGAAUGAAGUACUGCUGAUAACAGCAUAUUUCUUGCAUACUUUCUCACUCAAACUUCUUUUAAAAGUAUCUUAAGUAAUUACAGUAUGAAGGUAACAAUUAAGGCAUGUUAAGUUCUGCUAUAGUGCCACUGAAAUUAGUUUACUCUUAGCCAUGCUUCAUAACCAAGUGAGGCUGCUGCCCAAAUGUAGUAGUAGUAGAAACACAAAGUAGGAGACAAUCUCUGCCCUGGGUAGCUUAUGCUUUCGAAGGCUGAGAGACAGACACUGUUCCUUUUCUUUAUCUCUUUGUUUUGGUUCUUUUCUUCCUGUAGUUAAUCUAUUUCCUUCUGCUUAAACACUUACUGUAUGCCAGAGAAGAAGUGUCUACCUCAGCACUUAGCUGACCUAGUCCAGCUGAGUUCUUUAAUCUCUCCUUGUAAGUUAGGCUUUCUUGCAGUUAAUAAGCUACCAUCAAAAGAGUGUUUUUAUUAAGGAGAUAAAGCUGCCUGCAUUUAAAAAGGCUUCUAAACAAUGUUUGCAGUGUUUAUGAUAAUCCAUAAAUCUCUAACACUAUGGACUCUAAACCUUGCUCCAAGUUAUAGGCUGUAAACUAAUGAGCAAUUAGCAAUGAAAUAAUAAGCUAUAAAGUAAUCAUCGCUCUUUUCAUUUCACAAUAUUAUAGUUUUUCAGUAGUACAAAGUGAAAAAUCUGCAAAUAGUUAAAUGACUAAAUUUAGACCUAUUUCAAAUCUCACUCCUACUACUGUAAUUCAGGAGCAACUCCAGUGCAAAUCAGAUAUAAAGUAGGAUAAAGGAAGGCAGGAUUUUUGAGGGAAAAAUGUUUUAAAUGCAAAUAAACACUUCCCCCAAUCUUUUGCAUUUCAUUUGCAAAUGAAGUUAUAUAUUAAUCAAAGAACAAGUACUUAAGAAAAGGUCUUUGGUCUGAGACAGGACUUUGGUCUUCCUGUUAAAACUGAUAAUUGUUAAUACAGAAGGUUUACUGAAUCUAAUCAUGUGGAUAGCUGCUCUCUCCAAACAGAACACUAAGGGUCGAAACUUGUAUGCAGACACAAGCAUCUAAAAUGAGAAACGUGCUGUAAUUUCAGAGGUCCUCUUGUAAAGAAGAAUUGACACCAAAGAGAUGAGGCAGAUUCUUCUUUUCAAUAACCUAUUGGCAUCUGGGUGGCAAAGCAGACCUUUCCUGUUCAGAGUCUCAUCACCAGCCAUAAAGGCAACUGAAAAACAAGCAUAGAGAGGGUCUCACCUAGUCAGCUGGAGAGGAGACUGAGGCUGGAUUGCCUGCUGCCCCUGAAGAUACAGUCCUUGUGCUAAUCUUUAAGGCACGGAUGUCCUCCUCAUCUUCAGCGUUGGAGACCGAGAUCUUCCAGUACAUUGACCUGCAUCAAAAUGUCCUCGUUGAGGUAGGAACUACAUUGCAUGAAAUGACUAGAGUGCAGAACUGAUGUUGGAGAGGCCUGUGCUCUACUUGCCAGACCAGUGUUUGCCAUUAAGGAUCUUGAACCAUAGGAACCCAUCUAGAACCCUUCUGUGUCCUGAAGCUUUCGCUCCCAGGAACUGACCUGCUUUGACAGGCGCCAUAUUGUGAUCAAGGAAGGUAGAAGAACUGCAGCAGGAGCUUCUGGAAGGGGUUUUUUUGAGAAAGCUCUGCAGAGGACAGAUAAAGGAGUCAGAUGCUGAUGGCUUUGUUGUGGGCCAAUUCUGAAGCAGGCACUUCAGAUGCAAGUAAGGUGAUCCAGGGUCCUGAUAAGCCUUUACCAGAAAGGUAAAGGUACAGAGUCCACGUCAUUGCUGUGACAGGCUGGAAAUAAAAACAUCUUCAAAUGUGAUACCUCUUGUGUUCAAAGGCAAAACAACAGAUUCCUGGGUUUUAGACUUAUUGGUUUAUUUAAACUAUAUCUCUUGUCUUCCUGUACAGAACCUUGAGGAAUGGGUGGCUGUGGAAAGUGAUUCUGUUCAACCAGGUCUCAGGAAAGAAGUAAUACGAAUGAUGGCAUUAGUAGCCAACAGACUUAAAGUGUUGGGAGCCACUGUUAAUUCAGUAAACCUGGGGUCACAUCAGUUGCCUGAUGGCCAGAACCUCCCACUGCCUCCUGUCAUUCUUGCAGAACUGGGCAAGGAUCCCCAAAAACCCACUGUAUGUUUCUAUGGUCAUGUGGACGUGCAGCCUGCCAAAAAAGAUGAUGGCUGGAAAACUGACCCUUACACACUGACUGAAAUCAAUGGAAAUCUCUAUGGGCGUGGAGCAACAGAUAAUAAAGGACCUGUCUUAGCUUGGAUAUAUGCAGUAGAAACAUUCAAAGCCUUGAAAUUAGCUAUGCCAGUAAACUUCAAGUUUGUUAUUGAAGGUAUGGAAGAAGCAGGAUCUUUGGGGCUAGAAGAGUUGCUUGAAGAAGAAAAACGGUGCUUUUUUGCUGAUGUUGAUUAUAUUGUGAUUUCGGACAACGUUUGGCUCAGCAACAGGAAGCCUGCCCUUACGUAUGGGACACGGGGAAACGCCUGUUUCUUUGUGGAGGUUGAAAGUGGUGACAAGGACCUUCACUCUGGGACUUUUGGAGGUAUCAUUCAUGAGCCAAUGACAGACCUGAUCGCUCUGCUGGAUAGCCUUGUGGAUCCCACAGGUCAUAUUCAGAUCCCUGGAAUCUAUGACAAUGUUGCUGCCCUGAGAGAGGAGGAGAGGAAAUUGUAUGAAUCGAUAGAAUUUGAUCUAGAAGAACAUAAAAAUAACUGCAGAGUGGAAAAAUUCCUCUAUGACACCAAGAAAAACAGAUUAACUUGGUUACUGAACAUAAUCAUCUUACCUCUUGUAUUAUUUGAUGAGAGAUACUCAUUGGAAGAAAUACUUUUACACCUGUGGCGUUAUCCUUCUCUCUCUAUUCAUGGGAUUGAAGGAGCUUUUCAUGAACCAGGAAUUAAAACAGUCAUUCCGGCAAAAGUAAUAGGCAAAUUUUCAAUCCGUCAAGUUCCCCACAUGGACCUUUCCGUUGUUAAACAACAGGUGGUGGAGUACUUGGAGAAUGUAUUUUCCAAGAGGAACAGCCCAAACAAACUGAAAGUAUCUAUGCCAUUGGGUGCAAAGCCCUGGGUUGCUGAUAUUAAUGAUCCACUAUAUAUAGCAGCAAGAAGGGCAGCAAGAACAGUUUUUAGAGAAGAUCCAGACUUUAUUCGGGAUGGCUCAACAAUUCCUAUUGCCAGAAUGUUUCAGACUAUAACACAGAAAAGUGUGAUAAUGCUUCCAAUUGGAGCAGCCGAUGAUGGGGAGCACUCCCAGAAUGAGAAAAUAAGCAGAUACAACUACGUUGAAGGAACCAAAGUAUUUGCAGCCUUUCUCCUGGAGAUAUCAAAGCUGCAUGGACAGUUACAAGAAAUUUCCAACACAAAGACUGACAACUGAAAGACCAUCACAAGGAAAUUAGCAAAGCACUUUUUUAGUCUUAAGCUAUCUAACUUUCUGAUGUCAAAAAACAUAUAAAUCACACAGAAAUGCAUGUCUGAAUUUGCAGAAAAAUUAAAUGCCAUGCUAUUACUUGGCAUGCUACUAAAUGAUAUGCAUCUGCUAUUCAGUCAAUCAAGUGACCUUAUUCCUAACACUAUAAAAUAAGAUUAGAGAUAAUUCAUUCUUAUGGGGCGCUAUGUGGUAUUUAGCUUUAAAAUUCAAGGAAAUGGAAUGUUUGUAUUCAUUUUAUCAAAAUUGCUUUAUUUCCUAUUGUUUUGUAAUAUGGCCAGGUUCAUGCUGCCUAGUUGAUAUUCCAGUUCUUCAAUACGAGCAACUUGCAAUACUGUUGCUUCCUCCUAACAGAUUUCUCUAUGAAACUAUUUGAACAAAAGAUAUGCUAUUAUGUUAAUCUCUUCCCUGUCCUUCACAGAAGGCUAUAAAUAGGAAAUGCAAUAGGAUUAGUUUGCUGAAUUUGAUGCAAAGAUGUUCCCUAUUUCUGGGAAUAAUCACUCUGAGGCCAAUAGAACUGCAAUAGCAAGUAAGGAUUUGCAGGUCUGAAUUCUGCUUUUUUCCCCCAUUUGAUCUGAAUCUCCUCUUACUGUGCUGUUUGGCAUAGUAUUAAGAAUUACUAUAUUAUACUUAUUUCCCUAGUGUGACUUCCUUCUUGUACCACAGAAAAAAGUUAUUGUAAAUACCUGUUCUGACCACAGUGUCAUCACAAGGGUGUCUUUUUCCCAACUAUUAGUUGCCAAUUACUUUUAAAGCACAUUUUUAUAUCAAUAAUUAAAUCAAAGAAAAAUCAUGUAUUUUGAAAUUAAAAUAAUAAAUAUUUUAGUUCUAGUUGCUAACCAUUUAGGCCAAACAUCUAACACACAUUACAUAAGCAAAUUCAAAUUUAUAUUUCUUCAUUUCAAAAUGUGAUUUGUAUUAAAAUGUAUAGUUAAUUCUCACACAACCAAAUGACUGAACCAGAUUUAAACAAAAGAACUUGCUAGUAGUAGCCCUACCGUUAACACGGAUGAUAUAAAAUAAGUUAUGGAAAUUAGCUGGCCUCUCCUGGUGAUUAAAGGCAGAAAGAUUGGAGCCUAUAGAAUGGAAUUUCAUACCAUAGAGAAUCUGUGCAAACAGCUGAUGCAAAAAUUAUCAGGAUAAAAGCCCUGGCUGAACUAAAAAAUAGAAACAACAACAACAAAAAAAAAGCUUGGAAAUUCUUGGGAGCUGGGAAUAGAGGUAGCUGGCCUUUUAAGAGGUCUCGGAAUGGUGGUAAUCAGGAAUACUGAGGUUUCAAAUAAGACUUUAAUAAACAUCAGUGUCCAGACUUCCCUAGGGUUCUGAGGAACUCAGUUCAGCUGGUAAGAAUUUAAUCAGUAUACUGCCUAGACAGUGUUCAAGGGAAAAAGAAGCCCUGAGCUCACGCUUUCUUACUUGUGUUGGCUUUGUAGGCUACGUAGUGGAAAUGUAAUUUCUGGUGCUGGUGUCAGGAGAGAGGACUCCACACACAGACAGGGAGCCAAGUCUGAAGCAGACUCCAACUUGUACCUAACCAACUUGUAGAAUAUGGCCCACUACCAUCUCUCAGCUCUCUUAGCCUGUUUAAAUCACUUAGAGUCCAACAUGGCAAUGAAUUCUGCAGGAGAGAACUAGCCCACACUUAAGGACUAUGGGACUAUAAAGAUAAAUGGAUGAAUUAUACUUAAGUAUUUAAAGGUAUAAAAUUAGUAUCAAACAUUAUUUACAAUCUUCUGUUUUGCAGAGUCUUGAAGUUUGGGUGUCCUUAGCAAGGGACUUAAACAACCAUUGAAAGACAUGGCUACUCACAGAUGAGAAGCUUUUGGCAGAAGAGUAGGGCAGAAAGCUAGGUGGGAUGGUGGAGGUGGUACAUUUGGGCAUCAAAGAGGUAUGAAGGCAAUGUUUCCAGGAAUAUAACUGUUUUGGAAAACACUACAUCCAUGCUGUUGAUGGUUGCACCACAUUAAGAAGUCCAGCUAUAGGAUGGGCUUAUGCUAUGUGUAGCUUUUUUGUGUUUUUCUUUGGAACAACAAAGAAAAUACAGCCAACAAAGACAGCAUCCUUUUAUAUUCAUAGGCACUAUCAGAGUAGUGCAGUGAAAUAAGGUUCAGAUCCAAAAUGACCAGUGAUCAUCAAGUUAAAAAUGUGUGGAACAGUGGGACCCAUGAAUUAUGCAGACCAUUCUCUUGUUGUCUUCAACCCCAGAGGGACAGCAGUAGCAGAAAACUUCAAUUUGAGACUGUCAAGGCCAUGAAACAGUGUUGUGGAAGCUGUUUCCCCUUCACACCGGGAUUCCCAGAACUCCUCUUAGAGCAAGGCAGUGCAUCGAUCUGUCAUCCUGGCUCUUCUGUUGUGCAACAUCUCAUCAGCCUCUGGGAAAAAAACCUGGUGUUCAUUUUUCUAAGGUCUGUACCAUUAUACACCAUUUCUAGGAAUAUUACUCCUCUAUUGCAUUAAUAAUUAUUUGUUGCCACAGAAAAUUAAACAUAGUUCUAGAAUAGUAGUCUUAGAAGUUGGAUUCAAGUUUGCUUCUAUUUGUUAGUCUUGUUCUAGGUCUGCCAUAUCCCAUAUCACAGCAUAUCAGAUGUUUUCAUACCCUAAACAAUAAACCAAAGAAUAGAAAUCAUGCAGAUACUUGUGUAUGUGCAUACACAUAUAUGUAUGUAUACAGCUAUGUAUAUAAACUUACAUAUAUACAUUUACAUGAUGCUGUCCUGGCAUUUAUUGCAGGAAGAACUCUAAAGAAGAAACUGGAACACUUUAAUUUUCAUUUAAAAUCAGUGAGCUUGAUUUCAAGUUAAGUUGAAAGUUGCUUUUUUUGUAUUAGAUAAAUACACUUGUUAAUUCUUAAUGUCUUAAAAGACUAAAAAUAUGGCAGUCAGCUAAAAGUAUGGAAAAUGAGUAAAAUGAUAAGAUACUGACAGUAGCAGCUGAAGGCAUGGAGAGAUCAGCAGCCUGCUGAGACUAACAACUAAUCAGGUCACCAUCUGCUUAGCCUUUGAAAAUGGAAGAUUAGACUUAUUCAUUUCAUUAUGGUUUUUCUUUUUGUGUAUCCAGCCGCAAUUUCUCUCAGGAAACUUGACUUUGACUCCUGAGAGUUAUUCCUCUUUGAAUAUGGCAUUUAGGUUUGUCUGGCAAAAUGUUCUAAAAUGCUUUGCUAGUUGAGGAUGGCCAUACCCCAUGUUUAAAUGGGGAAGACUGGGCAACUGUGGCCUUAGUGGUGCUGCAGGAGCAUGUGCCACAGUGGUCAGUGGUGGGGAGGAGCUGUAGCCUCCCCGGUCCUGCUGUAAACCUUCACCUGCAAGUAACAUGGAAAGUUAAAAUACUGAUGCAUGAAAAAGGUUUGCAAUGCAAUAUUAUCAUUUUGUAUAUCCUGUUUAGUCUCCCUGUCUUAUUUCCGUAUCGCACAUCGCUAGGGUGUGAAGAUUGCCUGUGUCUGCAAAACUCAUGUGUAAUAACAUUCAUCGCUGUGUGCCACUGGGAACAGACUGUCUACCCCCUCUGCUAACAGCAACGCUCACUGCCGAUUAUUUUCCCCUACUUGAUUUUCUAAGAUCCUAACAGCUGUUUGCCAUUUUUCAUCCCUUCCUCUUUCCUCUUGCUUUCUCAAAUGCAGCUGUUUUAGAAGACUUUUCCUCUAGAAAGAUGGAAUUAGUCAGAACAUGCGUGCAUAUAUCAGUUGUGGUGCAAGCUACUCUCUUACAGGAAAAAAGUGUGGAACUUCUCCAAUACAACGUUUUUGUAAGCUUUUCGCAAAUUUUUCUUUUGGUUAAGGUCUGGGCAUGAGUUGAAUAUGAAUAUUCUUUCUAAAGUGAUUAGAAGUCAUUUGGAUAUUUCCACUAGUAUGUGCCAGUAUUGUAAAUUCUCAUCAAGCUUGCAGAAGAACACAAGAGGGCAGUUGCCCCUGACCAGCCCUGUGGCAUGUGCAUUUAGACAGAGGCUCUUGUGAUUCUUUUGGCCAGACUGAAAUCACUGGAACUCAGGAAAGAGCCUCUCGUCUCACUGAAGAGGAGAAAAAUCUUCAUGAAGAAAUUAAAUAGGUCAGAAGCAGGUUAAAGCCAAAUCUGGAAUAAAUAAAUUCAUUUACAAGGUAGGGUUCAUGUGAUAUUUAAAUUCAUAUUGGAUUUUGCUUAAUUAGUAUUAUUAUUAUUAGCUCUUCAGCCAAAAUGGCAAGCUGCUGGUCUCUAAUGAGGUAAGUGAAAGAGCCCCUGACUGUAAUGGGCUUUCAAAUGUGCCUUAGGAUCGGCAGCUCCUGCAAAUCUUUCCAAAUGAUUCUGCAGCCCACAUGGAAUGAGUUGUUUUUGAUGGAGGAUGAUGAAGGUGGUUUCUACUUACUUUAUUUACUUUCACACCAUUUUAAAAAUUGCAAAUACUAUCUGAAAGCAUGCAUAUGCUUUAUUAUAUCAUUCCUGCCAGGCUCUUUGUGUGAAACUUGUCAUGUUACACUUAAACUUGUCAAGGCAGGAACAACUGCUGUAUUUCUUCAAGGACCUAAAUUAAACAGGCGUUUAACAGUGCUUGUAAAAACGUAGCAAGGCACAGAAUUUGGGUUUUAUUUGCUAGCAAACUUUACCAUGGGGUGAAGAAAAGCCAACCAAACCUUGCUUAAGCUUCAGAGGACACUCCACAAAAGGUGCCAGGCUGUCAGCAAAGGAAAAACGGUCAUGUCCUUUAAAUAAUAAGCACUGGAGAAUUUCAGUACAUAACUAUGAAAUGUUUUCUAUAAACCCAACAGUUUACACACCUUCUGGUUUCAGUGGAUGUGUAAAACUAAUAUGAUUUGGAUGCAAAUGCCAGGUGGGUGAGAUACUGAGUUACUGAGGAUGAAAAAUACCUAUUAAAUCUGUAUUUCAUGUAGUGUGGCUUUCUCUGAAAGCUCAUUUCUGACCUGAUCUGAUACCACAUUAAAUCUUGAAGUUAAUGUAUCAAUGUAUAAUGUACCAGACUUGAUAUUUAUAUUUGAGAUAUUUCUCUUUCACAAACUUGCUUCGUGGGAUUGAGAGAGACGAAUUACAGAGUGGCAGAACUGUAAAUACUUGAAAGCUGGACAUCUUUACAUAUAAUACAGUGUAAUAAGUGACUCUCUUUGAUUUUACUGCAAUGAAUUAACUUUUUUAUUUAAAAAAAAUGCAGUACAACAAAGCCAAAUCCUUGAAGAUUUGCAUUGUCAGUAUGCAGACAGAUUUAUAUAUAGCAUUACUUAAAAGAAAACAGACAUUUUGUAUAUAUGUGUGAAUAAUACUGAUGUUGCUACCUGUCUAAAAAUUCUUUGAGUGGACUGUCGCUGUGAAAUAACGUGAAGUGCCAGCCAAUUGCAUGUUUCCUCUCCUUUAAUGCAGUUAAAAUUCUUUCUUAUAUCUGUAAAAAGAAUUCAAAGGUCAUGCAAGCUCGCUCUUUCUGUCUGUGGAGCUGAAGGAGUUUUUUCUGAAUUUGGAACUGAAAUAAUAAUCUCUAAGAGAAACUGAAAAUUUUUCAAAAUUAUGUAUUCCUGAUAUGGAGCCUUCUUGUGUGAAGAAACAGGUAUAGUGGUGGAUCUUUCAUAUUAAUUUCAUGCAAGUUUGUAUCACUUCUUUACAUUUAGAAAGUCAAAAGCUAGUAAUAUGUUACAGAAAAGUCUUCUGUGUGUUAUUACUUUCCUGAUAAGAGAGCAAUCUCCAUAUGCAGGAUUACUAUCACCAAUCUACCAGCAACCCUAAAGUUCCAGUGACUGCUUUGAUCGAUAGUUUCAUUUAAUUAUGGUAGAAUGACCAAUAAAAGCUACCAGUUAUGGCAAGUACAUCCUUUCUCAAGCUUUUGUUUGAUUAAGGAUACUGAAUGUUGCAGUCGCAUGCUCUACUGCUCCGUUUGCACUACUAAUGACCAUCAGUCUACAGUUCUGAUGAACUCUUCCCUCCUCAACUGGACUGUGGGCUCUUCACCCACAGUUAGCUCUGAGAUAGUCUGGUUGACUAUCUUAAUAUGGGAUUUUCUAAAUGGAACAGUCUGAAAUGUUAACAGACAUGGUCUGUGGAUCAAAAAUCUGGUUGUCUCAUACAAGUGAACCUCAGUGUUCAGCAGCAAGGAAAGCAAUGUCCACAAAACACAAAUGAUGUCUCCCACUUUGCAUAUAUUUUGUAUUGUGCAUGCAAAGGUUUUUAAUUGUUUGUGCUGCUUAUUUGAUAAGAAUUGUCUUACAAAACCACUUAUUAAUACUUAUUUUUGUGAUACUGACCAAUGAGCAUAUUAAUGUAGCCAGCCAAUUGACUACUGUUCUAGUCAAAUAUCAUACAUACAAUUGUUGCAUACUUCUCUUACAGCUUUUCAGUUGUACAGUAACUUGGCUUUAGAGGAAUGUAAUUUAAAAUUAUUCAGUAUCUGACUAAAGAGAUGUCUGAUUCCUCAAUUGCCUCUGUGAAGACACAUCUCUGCACAUGCAGAUAUCAAUGGCUUCAAUGUAGCAGGCUGCAGUGGUCUGUUGUGCAGUGAUUUGCAGGACUUUAAAUCUGAAGGUAAAUACAUUCUGACUUCUAAAGCUUGCAGCUUAAUAACAUCAGAUCAUAAUUUUGCUAGAAAAAAGAAGACAACACCUUGACAAGUCCGUAUAAAUAUUACCUUUCCAAUAAAUAUUUUUUUUAAUCACG